GACUUGGCCACCCACAAAGUUUCAUUUCAAAACUUUAUUAUAAACAUGGCCAAAAACCAUACUAAAUUAAUAAAUCUGCAGACAAAUAUUCCCACUCAGAAGCUUAGAAUAUAAUACUAUGUUAUAGAACACAAAAUAAUCUCUCUCUCUCUCUCUCUCUCUCUCUCUCUCUCUCAUACUCCCAACACAUAAAGCAAGGGUCAUACAAACACCUAGAACGUCCACGCAAACCCUUCUCAAAACAUUCCUUUCCCUGCAGCCUUAGAAGAACUAGCUCUCAACAAAAAAACAAAGUAAUUUUUUUUUUCUCUCUCUUCCUUUGAGGACAACACUCUCUUUGUUUGCUCCUCUUCUUCAGUUUCAUCCAUGGAUACUGCUCAAUGGCCACAGGAGAUUGUGGUGAAACCACUAGAAGAGAUAGUAUGCACAAACACAGCAAUAUGUCCAAAUAAGCCUCCAAAUACCAACAACAACAACAACAAUCUAGAGAGGAAAUUAGCAAGGCCUCAGAAAGAGCAAGCCCUAAACUGUCCAAGGUGCAAUUCAACCAACACAAAAUUCUGCUACUACAACAACUACAGCCUCACACAGCCCAGAUACUUCUGCAAGACUUGUAGAAGGUACUGGACUGAAGGUGGGUCCCUCAGGAACAUCCCUGUUGGAGGAGGAUCAAGGAAGAACAAGAGAUCAUCAUCAUCAUCACCAUCACCAUCUUCAUCAAAGAUCACCACCACCAGACUUCCUGAUCUAGUACAACCCUCCACAACCAAUCAACCACCCCAAAAGAUGAUGAUAAAUCAAGGCCAAGAUCUAAACUUGGGUUUCCCUCCAACUACUACUACUUCUUCUUCUCAAGAUUUCCGGAAUAUUUCUGACUUUGUUCAGUUGCCAAACAUCAAUGAAAACAACACCACCAACAAGAACCAUAACAACAACAUAAUUUCUACUACUUCUACUACCAGUCCUUCCACAACAUCUCAUCUUUCAGCUUUGGAGCUUCUAACUGGGCUCACUUCAAGAGGAUUUAACUCCUUCAUGCCCAUGCCAAUUCCAGAUCCUAACACAGUAGGGUUUUCUCUGACUGAAUUCAAGCCAAGUUUGAAUUUUUCACUUGAUGGGCUUGGGAGUAAUUCUACUACUAACGGUGGAUUUGCAAGUCUUCAGAAUCAUGUUCAAGAAAACACAAGUGGAAGGCUUUUGUUUCCCUUUGAAGAUUUGAAGCAAGUCUCAAGCACUAACACUACAACUGCUGGGAUUAUUCAUGAGCAGAAUAAUAUUAAGGAGCAAGAAGACUCAUCUGGGUAUUGGACUGGAAUGCUAGGUGGAGGAUCAUGGUAAAGAUCAGAUCAAAAUCAAAAUUAUUAAGAAAUUUGGGGGUCUUUUUUUUUUAAUGGGGGGGUUUUUUUUUUCUUUUUAAAUAUUAAUUUCUCAUUGUGGGUAUGCUGUUUGGAUAUCUUCAUGGUAACUAACAGAUGAUCAUAGGAUACAUGGGCUUUUUUUUUUUUUUAAUCUCUUUAAUUAUUGCUUUCUUAGUUCACCCUUUUGAUGAUGCAUCUUCUUUUAGUCUUUGAACAUGGUGGGAUUUUGAAGCUUAUUUUAGAUUGGCUUCAAGAGAAAAAUGGCUGACUUCUGAUGGGGAAACUCUGUAAGGAUAGAAGAUAAGAGGCUAAGAUCAAGGUCCUGAUGAGAACCGGAAUUUUUUUUUUUUUUUUUUUCAGGG